UCCGACGGCUACCUGCUGGACACCCCUGCCGUCGCCGCCACCAGGGCCGCCCACCUGACCGCCGUCGCCCAGACCCAGGCCCGUGACGCCGUCGUCAACGGCGCCGCCGCCCUGGCCGCCCACGCCGCCCACGCGUACGCUGCCCACGCUUACGCCGCCCCUGCUGUGGCGUACGCUGCCCCAGCGCAUGUCGCCUAUGCUGCUCCUGCAGCAUACGCCGCCCCCGGCGCUCUCGCUGCCGCCGCCCAUCUCCACGCUAAGGCUGCUCUGCUCGGCUGAAAUGUCGUCUGUAGAAAAAAAUGUGCUGCAUUUUUAAAAUAAACUACAAAAAAAUAAUAAAUAAUUGAAAUCACUAUA